GUUGAUUUAGGUGGUGUUUUAUUUCUCAAAUUGUUGUGAAUAUAAUGGUAAUGUACAUGGCGGUCGUAACUGCGAUGUGACACUUCCAACACUUUCUCGUAACAACGAAACACUUCUCGUAACAACGAAACACUUCUCGUAACAACAAAACACUUCAGCGGCGCAUCUUAAAAGUGAUCAUUACUUACAUUGGUUUGAGGUUCAAGUGUCGUUUACAAUCAAUCCUGUUAUUUAAAGUAUGCUUUGAAAAAAAUCGACAUUUUGGCUUCAAAUUAAAGAUGACGACGACAGAUAAAGAAAAAGCCGACUUCUUUCUUUUUGGAGUUAUCGGUGCAUUCAUCUUCUUCACUUUCAUUGCAUUUCUCUUUAACGAAGGAAGACACUUGUGCGUACUGCCACUCCUGAAAAAACUGUUUCCAAAUAGAAAAUUUAAAACUGAGAAUGACGACGACGACGAAACGUCAUCUGACGACAAUGUGUCGAGGUCAUCACGUGGUAUACACGGCAAUCGAACUUCAGUGAUAAGCUUUGGAAAGCAGGAUAAUUUUACACUUUCUUUCUCAGGAGUAGCUACUGCUGCUGUUUGAGAAUAAAGAUGCACUUCGACUCUGAAAUAUAUCGUGUAGACGUUGGUAGUUUCACACUGGCACUCUCUUCACUGCAGCUGCAAACAGAUAUUUAUUUUGUUUAAGACGUAUAUUUGAAAGUGUAGCAUUUAACAAAAUAAAUUAUAAAUUGUUUUUA